ACUCUCAAAUGAGACCAAGCACCGCUGACUGUUCCAUCGAGCGAUCUGACUAUCAGUCUUCUGAAACCGCAUCUCAAGCGCUCUAGGCGUUUCGGGGUGGAUCUUCGCACAGGGUCAGUUCCCACCAGCGACCAUCACAGGGACCAGAAGGUUGGAGCGAUAUGGAUGCCGAAAAGUACGCUCAGGAGGCGAUGCAGACCGGUCAUAUCCCUCCCGAUAUGCUUCCCGACUUGAGUGCUCCUCAACAGCGGCAGCAACUCCAGUAUGUUUGUACCGACCCAGGCUGCACCAGAAGCUAUGGGAAGAGGCAUGAGCUCAAUCGGCACAUGAGGAAGCACAGCAAGCCAUGCGCUUGUUCCGUUGAAAGUUGUGCUGAGCGGUUUGCGGAUAAGAAGAGUUUGGACCGACAUCAGGCCACCCAUGGAAUUGGAAGGGAUUCACUUGACUGUCCUGACUGCACCAAAAAGUUCACAAGGGCUGAUAACCUAUCCCGCCAUCAGCAGAAUAAGCACUCGAAAGGCUAAAGAGGCCCUGAUUUCAGAAUGGAUCCAAGCAAUACCUUUAUGUUACAUUUCUGGUUGUAGUUUGCGUUUAUGG